AUGGCAAGCUUACCUGCGCAACAACAACAGCAGCAACAACAACAGCCACAACAAGGUAAUCCCAUUUCCCCUCCACGUUACCCAACUCCUGGAUCCAAUCCAACCUCUCCCGCCACAACCACGCAACGAACCAUGAUUGGAACUCAACCAGUCGUGCCUAUAUCCAUGUUUGUGGACAAUGUGAUGCCGCCUCCAUCCGCACAGCGAAGUCAAUCGUAUACUGGAGGAUAUAAUCCAUAUGGUCCUCCUGGUGGUGGUGCGAUUUCGGCGACUCGUCAAAGUCGACCUUCGGCAAGAAGUCCUACGCACACAACUCACCAAAGUCUGAUUGGAUUUGAUCCGUUGGCUCCAGGAAGCAACCACAAUGGAAGCAACCACCAACGACCUCCCACUUCUCUGGCUCCACUUUCUCCGUUGUCACCUAGAAUUCAAAUGGCCAUGAGUACGUCACCCAUGGGUACCUCUCCCAUGGUUUCACCAACCAAGAAGUCACAUAGAGGAGUUCAAUCAUUCGAUGCGGUGGAUUUGAUGGGUGUCAACGAUAUUGCAAUAGAACAAGAACGAAUACGCCAGGAACACAAUCAAAAGAUGAGAGCUCAGACGGUGGAUGUUGUCACCAAUGGCAAACCAGCACCCGCAGCAACAUUGUCGCCCAAGCCUCCCACACACACGGCCACUCCCAGCGGUGGAAAAGAGGGAAAAGGGGGCAAGUCCAAAUCGCCAAAUCGCAAAGGACGCAUAUCGGGCAUGACAGGCAUGUUCAAAAAAGAUAAGCGAGACAAGGACAAGAAGGAAGUCCCUGCCCGCACUAGUUCCAUGAUUGAAAAGAACAAGCCGCCACCGGCACCAACCACCAUGUCUCUUCCCAACACUCCUCGAUCCUCUGGUGCACAAACUACCGAACAACAACGCUUGAGCAUGUAUCCAGGAAUUGCCUCGGACCUAAUGGACUUAAAACUUGGUAAUCUUGACUUGCCUCAGUUGGCCAAACCUUCCCCCACUUCCUUUUUGACGGGCAAGGAAGACGAAGUCGUUCGCACCUCCGGCGAAGCGGCCCCCUUUCAAAUGGAAAUUCCGGGAUUGCCCGAGAUUCUCGUGGUGGGUCAAUUGAACUUGUUUGUCGAUACCUACCGAUUGACGGAUCAAAAUUUUGAUCUCCAAGAGUGGGUGGGUUACUCUCGAAUGGAUCUGCGGGCCGUCAGCAUUCCACAGCACAUUCCCAUUGCCCAAGCAAUUUUGGAUUGUGGGGACGAUGUUUCGAUUCGGGGCGUCGUUUCCAAGGGAUCGGACGAAGACCGACUAGAGUGUGUCAUUUUUGAAGGACAACGACAAUUUCUUGCGGUCUUUAUGGGAACCCGCGAAGAACAAGCCAAGGGUGUUUCCAAAAAUAAAAAGAAGGCGGUUCCAAUGGAUUCGGCUCAUAAAAACGUCGAAGUGUAUGAAGGAUACUUGGAAGAAUACAUCAAGUUGGAAAAAGACGUCUUUACUAUUUUGGACAAAUUGACUGACGAAGAACCCUUUUGCGAUGUCGCCUUUUCUGGAUAUUCCUUUGGAGGAGCCAUGGCCACUUUAGGAGCCUUCCGGUAUGCCAAUGCCCGACCAGCUACUCGAGUCAGCUGUUUGACCAUGGCAUCACCCAAGGCUGGCUUGGCCAAAUUUCAAGAACUUGUCAAUUCACAACCGAAUUUGAAGGUCAUGCGCCUCGAAUUGGGACAAGAUGGAAAGUGCCAAUUGCCCGGAGUCGGUGGUUCUCACGUUGGUCACACUUUGGUAUUGAAUGGAUCCCUCGGCAACAAGUCAGAAAAGGUUACCCAACCCGUUCUGGCGUAUGAAUUUGAUGCACCCAAACCGAAAAAGUUUGGUACCAAGAAUCCUUCUUUGCAAGCAUAUGUGACAGCCGUGGAAGAAAUUGCUCGCUUGAAACUCAAGUGGGUCAAGGAUUUUGUCGGCCAUUCUGGAAAGGGGGUCGUGGUCAACAACGAAUCCCGAUUAGUAGUUUAG